CUUAACGGUCGAAACGGAAAUGUCAAUAUUUAUGAAGACUACAUUUGCUUCGCUUAAAGGUCAAAAUGAAAAAAAAAUUACUUCGAAGUUUUUCACUCGGUCAAAGGUGAAAUUUAGUAUGCUGAGGUGUCAUAUGGAGUUUAAUUAGCUGUAAUUAACACGAUUGUUGUUAAAGCAGUUAGAAACAAUGAAACAUGGGUGGAGAAAUUACGCGGUUUACUAAUUGUCAACUACUUAAUUAUGUCUUAACCCGUACGUAUUGUGCAAUGCUCUCUGGUUCCCUCUUUGUUAGCCAAUGAGAUUCUGCCACAUCAGAAAUAUAAGUCCUUACCGUCUUUUUCUCCCCAACGAUCGAUUUCUGUCUUGUCUUUUCAUCUCUCUCUAGAAUUUCCCAGCGUAUUCGUUGAAUCUAGAGAGAGAACCGUCACCAAACUCUCCAGGUAUGUCAAAGACGAUUCAAUGCAUAUGUAUUGAGGCUAUGUCUCAUCACUUUCAAAAGCUAUGAUGUUUUAGGUUUUUAAACCUAACUGUGAACGUGUGUGUUAUCUUGUAUAACACGUUACGUAUAUCUCUGCAGCAAUGGAGAGUGAAGGAGGUCCCUUCAAGGGGAUACUCAGAGAUAUCGAAGGUAGGCGCAAAUGCUACAAACAAGACUGGAUUCUUGGCUUCAAAACCGGUUUAAGAAUCUUGGCUCCGACUUGCUAUAUUUUCUUCGCCUCGUCUCUUCCUGUAGUUGCUUUUGGUGAGCAACUAAGUAAACACACAGGUGGAUCUCUGAGUGCUGUGGAAACAUUAGCUUCUACUUCUAUUUGCGGAAUCAUCCACGCCAUCUUUGGUGGACAGCCAUUGUUGAUACUUGGGGUUGCAGAGCCAACCAUCAUGAUGUAUACUUAUCUUUACAGUUUCUGCAUUAGUAGACCUGAUCUUGGUCGAGAGCUAUACCUAGCUUGGGUGGCAUGGGUUUGUGUAUGGACUGCAAUUUUUCUUAUCCUUCUUUCGAUAUUUAACGCGUGCACAAUCAUCUCAAGGUUUACAAGAAUCGCUGGAGAACUCUUUGGCAUGUUGAUUGCUGUUCUCUUCUUACAAGAAGCUAUCAAGGGUUUGGUUAGUGAGUUUCAAGCUUCCAAGAGUGAACAUCAUGAUAAAUCAGGAGAGUCAGAUUUCCUCUGGCUAUAUACAAAUGGGUUGCUUGCGGUAAUUUUCUCGUUAGGUCUGUUAAUCACAGCGUUAAAGAGCAGAAGAGCAAAGUCUUGGAAGUACGGUUUUGGGUGGCUUAGGAGUUUCAUUGGAGAUUAUGGUGUUCCCUUAAUGGUUUUGUUCUGGACUGCAUUGUCUUACACGGUUCCUAGCAAAGUCCCUGAGAAUGUUCCUCGGAGACUGUUCUGUCCUCUUCCAUGGGAGACAGCUUCAUUGCAUCAUUGGACUGUAAUCAAGGACAUGGGGAAGGUACCAGUAAUGUAUAUAUUUGCUGGGAUUAUACCUGCUGUGAUGAUAGCUGGACUUUACUUCUUCGACCAUAGUGUAGCUUCACAAAUGGCACAGCAGAAAGAGUUUAAUUUAAAGAAUCCUUCUGCUUACCACUACGACAUCUUCUUGCUUGGAAUCAUGACUUUGAUAUGUGGACUACUUGGCCUUCCUCCUUCAAAUGGUGUUAUCCCUCAGGCUCCAAUGCACACAAAGAGUCUUGCCAUUCUCAAUCGUCAGCUGACACGCAAGAAGAUGGUGAAGAGUGCAAAAGAGGGUAUGAAGAUGAAAGCCAGCAAAUCAGAGAUAUAUGGGAGAAUGCAAACAGUAUUUAUAGAGAUGGAGACAUCUUCACCUCAGGUUUGUUCAGUAGCUAAUGAUUUAAAAGACUUGAAAGAAGUUGUGAUGAGACCAGAUGAAGGAGGAGAUACAAAAGGAAAGUUUGAUCCAGACGUGCAUAUUGAAGCUAACUUGCCAGUUAGAGUAAACGAGCAAAGAGUGAGCAACUUGUUACAAUCAGUACUAGUUGGUUUAACACUUCUUGCUGUGCCAGUCAUCAAAAUGAUCCCAAGCUCCGUUCUCUGGGGCUACUUUGCUUAUAUGGCUAUAGACAGUCUCCCUGGAAACCAAUUCUGGGAGAGACUGUUGCUUCUCUUCAUCCCUCAAAGCAGACUCUUCAAAGUCUUGGAAGGAGUACACGCUUCAUUUGUGGAGUUAGUACCAUACAAAGUGAUUGUGAUGUUCACACUUUUUCAACUGGUUUACUUUCUCUUGUGCUAUGGCAUGACAUGGGUUCCUGUGGCUGGCAUAUUUUUCCCGGCGCUGUUCUUCCUACUCAUAAGUAUAAGAGAACACUUGCUCCCCAAGUUAUUUGAUCCGCAACACCUUCAAGUUCUUGAUGCUGCUGACUAUGAAGAGAUAGUAGCUGCACCUAUACAACACUCAAGUUUUGCUUACCGGAAACUGGGAUCUUCUCGUCAUUUAUCAGAAGGAGAAGAGGAAGAUGAGUUUCAUGAUGCAGAGAUAUUGGACGAGAUGACUACUAGUAGAGGGGAGAUCAGAAUCCGAACUAUAAGUUUGAAGGAGCCGCGCCUUGAGUCUGAAGAAAGGCGUGUAACCUUUGAACCUCAUUGAAACAUACAAUCCUUUGGAGUUGUUAUAUUUUUUUGUAUACAAAUGUAUCUGCGUCAUACUUUUUUAUGGUGAAAAUAUGUUUUCAGCAAUUAUAAAAAAAACCUUUAGUUUGUCCUCAAAUCUUGGCUAUUACAUUCAAACUAUAAAGGCAACUUAACAAAACAGAUCCUAAUCUCUUGCGCUGUUUAAUUACUCUUUUGGCUUCAAAAUACAACACAAAUUGCUUUGUAUGGUUAUGCACGGUUCAUCUGAACACUGUACUUAUGUUUAAGAUUGUAUGAUACUGAUGCUUAGUGUAAGCUUGCUUGAACAAUGGAUUAUGUUUAGACUAAAAAAGGAUACAUGUUAUGUUUAGAAUUUAGACAGUUCCUCAAAGAUGCCACUUUAAAACAUUUUUUACAUGAAUCAUAUGCAGCGAUGCUUUGCACGGGUCAUGGUGAAUAAGUAUGAGGUAGAUGAGGAUAAGAUAAGGUAUUAUAUUUAAUAGACUUGUCAGUAGAAAACGAUAUGAACUUUUAUUUGAAGACAUUUCCAUGUGAGUCACAUUAGUACAGGAGGGUCGGACAUGAAUAAUUAAUGGAUUAAUUAACAAACAAACAAAAGAAGAGACAAUUCUGAAUUCAAUGUGAGUAACUUCGUUCUAUUAUUUUCUCUCAACUGGCAACUAUUAUUAUUGCUCAUUAUUUAGACAGUUUUUGCUGUAGUUCUGUGCAUACUGAAAGAAGCUUUUGGAAAACCUUUUUCAUUUGCAUGAUCAAAAGCUCAAAUGGUUUUGUAUCCUCGCUUUAUCAAAAAGCAAAUCUUAAGACGACAAGUGACUUUGUAUGAACAUCUCAGGCGGUUUUGAGCUAAUGUGGUGCCUUUAAGUUCGAAUUUAGACCAACUGCCGACUGAGAUAACCACUAAUUCCAAGAUUGGCUGUGAAAAGCUCUACUCAAAGAAAAAACAGUUUCUCAUAGAUUAAAGUUAUCAAAUGUUGCUAGCUCAACUAGAAAAAACAUUAUAGACAAACCUAAAAAAUAACAUGAUUGAGUGAGUUUGAGACGAUAUUAUACUAUUAAAAAUAAUAUAAUUAUUUCAUAAAAUAAAACAUAAAAAUGAACUAAUAAAAAAGAUUCAAGUGGCAUUAGAGUAUCUUGCAAGGUUAUUAAAAAUUCUCUUUACAUAACCGAUUCUCACUGUUUUAACCCACUUUUUCAUUUUUUUUUAAAUGCAAUAAUCAAAAAACUUAUUAUUAACAUCCCCGGUUGGAGAAGCUACAUAAUUCUUGGUUCAUUGUUCUAAUAUAGCAUUAAUCAUCAUAUGAAUAUAAUAACGGACCUCAAAUGUUUUGUCUUUACAAUAUGAUGAUUAACCUAAUAAUACCAAAAGGUUAUCUAUAGUUAGCUUGUGCGUGUAUGGAGUCCAAUGGGCCCGUAGAAGAGUAAAAGAAGUGUACAAGGAGGAGGAAACAGAUGCAUGAUCCUGCCUUUUGCACGUCUCUUGUCGCUAUCUCUUCUUUCUUUUAUACGGGGCCGACCCACUCGUUAGUUACCUACCGUCCCCACCCACGUUUCCGACGGUUUCUCGUCCCUUCAUUGUAUAUCAAACAUCGAUCAUGGUUCGUUCGAAUUUGCUCUCAGUUUCCUAAUCAAUAUUUUCUGCUGACUAGUAACUAAAAUAUCGUUAACCAUAAAAGUAACAUACAAUUUAUAUAAAUUUGUGUAGCAACUGAAAGAAGUUUAGAAUGUCAUACAGUUGAAAACUAAUUAAUACGUUGUGGUUUAUGUUUAUUUUUAUUCUGGAUAACAUAGAAAUACAUUUCUUUACUAAUAGAAUUGGCACACCCUUUCUUGAGCUGAUAAACAUGAGAAUAAGA